AUGACAGAUGCCUCCACCCACCCAGCAGAAUUCGUCAAGGCCCAGCAAACUCCAGAGAAGAAAUCAUUCAUGUUCAUAAUCGAGCAUCUAGACCCCGAGUUAGGAGACUGGUCCGCGCUCGAAUACCGCACCAUUGCUAAAGAAUGCCGAGAAACCAAAAACCAAUUCAUCCUGUGUUCUGUGCUGCAAGACUUUGUCGUGAAAGCUGAGGGGUUGAGUUUGGGCGAUGUUGUGGCUAAAAGGGUGGAGGAAUUGUUUCCCCCGGAAGAACGGGAUGGAAGAAGGGGUCGGAGGGUCUGUCUCUUGGAUCCUCAGGCAAAGAAAGAGUUGAGUCCGGAAGAUGGGGAUUUGUUUGAGGGGUUCUUGUUCGGUGGGAUUUUGGGUAUGAGACCACUUCCCUUUUUGCUCUCACUGGUUCUUGUUUCGCUUAUCGGAGACGAUCCACCUAGAGAUCGCACAUCAGAGCUACGCAAAAAGGGCUACGAAGGCCGAAGACUGGGCCCUGUGCAGAUGACUACGGAUACUGCUGUGAGGGUUACGAGGAUGGUGGUUCAGGAUAAGAUCCUGCUAGAAGAGAUACCUUACGUCGACUUCCCGGAAUUGAAGCUCGAUGAACAUGAAAGUACGGAGAUGCCGUUCCGGUAUGUAAAGGGGGAAGAUGGUGGCCCGGUUAUGCCUGAUGGAAUGAUUGAAUUGAUCAAGAAAGAUGCGGAUAAGGGAUUUGAUGAUUUCUUACAGAGUUGA